AUGCUAGAGAUUAUGCUCCAAACACUGCAACAACAAAACGUUACAUUGGUGCAACAGAACACCAUUGCUCUACAGAAUCUGGAAGCUGCAAGGGUGGCGGCUGAGAAUGCAAGGGUGUCAUCUGAAGACACCCAGAGGCACUUUAUGGAGAUGCUGGCCAGUGACAGACCCACUCCAGGUGCUUCCUCUUCUGCUGCUCCUGUACAGGAGUGGAACUUGGAGAGUUUUCUUCAACAUCACCCCACCAGAUUCACUGGGAAGUGUAGCCUAGAUGAAGCCGACCACUGGUUUAGGGACAUGGAGCGGAUUUAUGAAGGCAAGAGAUGCCCUGAUGAGAACAAAUUGGCUUAUACUCAAUACUUGCUUAUUGGAGAGGCUGGCCACUGGUGGAGCAGCCUGAAGAUGAUUCUGGAGAGGAACAAGACUCCUAGCACUUGGGAACUGUUCAAGACUAAGUUUUACACAGAGUAUUUCCCUGAUAGUGUGAGGCAUGAUAAGGAGAUAGAGUUUCUCCAGCUGGUUCAGGGAAACAUGACGGUUGUUGAGUAUGUUGACAGGUUUAAACAUCUCCUCCGUUUUUACUCCAUGGCCAUAGAUGAAGAAUGGCAAUGCAGGAAAUUUGAGAACGGUCUAAGAGGAGACGUCAAGCUGCUUGUAAAGGGGCUCCGUAUUCAUGAGUUCCCUACUUUGGUNGAGAUGGCCAGAGUGNUGGAGAAGACCAAGAAAGAGGCUGAAGGACANCAGAGUCAGCCUACUAGGAGUGGGGGACCAUCUGGGUCUCGUGGUGGAGUUAGUGCUAGGAGGGCCCCAUACUCUAGACCAUCACUUUCUUCUGGGUCUAAGGGUUCAUCCUCCCAGCCAUCAGUGCAGUCAGGACCGGCUAGGUCAUCUGGCACAGUUAGGUGCUUCGCGUGUGGAGGGCCUCAUUACAGGAACAACUGCCCUCAUGUGAAUGUUGCAAGGAAGCGUUUCAGGUGUGGGAAAGAGGGGAACUUUGCUGUUGAGUGCACCUCUGUUAUAGGGACAGGACCUUAG